UUCUGAUUCCUUUUAAAAAGGAGACUCCUUUUUUUUUCAAACUUCCUUGCUCUAUAUCUGUGCUUGUUGUGUGACAUUCCGAUCCUGUUAUAUUCCCCGCUUUGGCUGCUCUUGUACUCUGUGAUACUGGAGUGGUUAGGAUUGGCUCGCUGUUGUGCAUCUGCUGCCAAAGUUUUGAGAAGGGAGCUCUGUCAAAAAGUGGGUGGAAGCUCAGGGGAUGGUUUGACUUCUCUGGAUCUUUUUCUUGUGGAGUGGCAUCUUCUCCAAAUGCAAAGAGAGAGAAGUCAUCGCUUUUCAGGACGCAAAGGGACUCUGAUGUUGGACAACUGAUGGAUCUGAAGGUUGUCUAUUCUUGAACAAACCGGGGGGUGGGGGGAAACAUCUAUUUUGUGAAGAGGAAGAAAGACUCUUUUUUUUUUUUUUUUACCAUUUUACAACAUGGCUGGGAUGUAUGGAUGCUUCAAAAACAGGAACAGUGACAGCCCUGCCAUGGCAUCAGGAGCUCCAGAUGUGACGGCCAAUCAGGAGUCUGCUGAGGUCGUCGAAGAGUGCUCAGGAAAGAAGAAGUCCAAGUUCCAGGCGUUUAAAAAAUUCUUUGCCAGGAAGAAGAGAAAGGAGCCGCCAGCCGCCGGAGCAGACGCGGGGCUUAAAGCCAGCCAAUCAAGUGACAAUGUCAGCAAAGCAUCCGAAAAUAACACACUCACUCGAUCAGAGAAGGAUAAGGGCUCUGGGUCAAAGGUCAGCCUGGGCAGCAAGGCCUUGUCCCACGACUCUGUCUUUGUCUCCGACUUGUCGGAGGCCAACGAGGCUCUGGGGGCGUCUCAGGACAGCAUUCACGGGAAAGUGAAAUCGCUCCAGCUCCAGCUGAAGCAGGCCAUCAGACUGGGCUCUCCUCCGUCCCUCAUGUGUGUGAAGAAAACCGACGACGCUGGAACCGUGUCCGAGGACGACGGCCUGCCCUGCAGUCCACCUGAGUACACCACGCUGCACGCCGUCAUGGCUCAGAGGAACAGCUCCAUUAGUCUGGAGGGAACAGGGUGUGACGACGACCAGUUGUCCUGCGCUGCCUCCAGCAGAGGAGUGAGCCCCCUGGUGGUCCCGGGGGACUUCAGUCUGCCGGCUAGUCCCUUCGGCUGUCUGGACAACUCUGCUGCCAAACACAAGCUGGGCCUGAGACACAAAGCCUGCAACAGGAGGAAACCUGUCUUUAGGCUGGAGAUGAAGGCAGAGGGAGACUCCGUGGGGGACGAGACGCUGAACACCUCCAUAACAGAAGCGUCGGGGGAGCGAGAACAACACAAGACAUCAGAAGCUGUAAGUGUGGAUGAGCUGAAACCAAAGGUGGAUAGGGACGAAGAAGAAGAAGAAGAAGAUGAGGAGGAGGAGGAGCAGCCACAGCAUUCCAGACACUCCCUGGUGAGAGAUGAGGAGGAGGGACAGGACAAGUCGGAAGCAGAACAGGAUGUUUCUCCCGGGCCGGGCUCUUCCUCUCUUCUGGAGCUGUGUCACCCAGACCCCCAGGCCCUGGCCUCCUCCAAGCCCAGCUCCAGAGCCUCCUCUCUGGACAGUCCCAGAGCCACGCCGGAGCCCCCUGCUGGUCUCAGGGAGUAUCCGCUGGACCCCCCCAGUGUUGCCCAUGAAGCAGAAGAGAAGGGGUAUGAAAAUGACUCGGCACUGAGCGGAGAAGAAGAUGAAGUCCUGGACAGCAGGGGGGAGGAGGAGGAGGAGGAGGAGGAGGAGAGCUCCUUCUUACAGGAAGUGCUGAGCUCCCUGAAGACUCCGCUGGCGUCCUGUCUGGAGACGGAGGGUGUUGUCCUGGAGACGGAGGAGGAGGGGAAGGAACAGGAAAGAGAAGAUGUGGAGAUAGAGGGAGGAGAGGAGGUAAAGGACGAGGAGGCAGAGGAGGACGAGCCUGUCGGUUAUCAGGCCGACUCAGAUCACACCACACAGGAAGUGGUGAGCACUUCGAGCACUGCUUCCUGUCAAGAUGGUGAAGAAGAAGAAGAAGAACUAGUGGUGGAACACAUCAGUGAACAUGGCCAAGAAGAGGAGGGCGAAAACGACGAGGCAGAGGAGGAACAACAUGCUACGCUUACAGGAAACACUGUCGACCGGGCAGAGGAGGAAGAAAGAAAAGACGUAGAAGAAAGUGAAGGAGAGGAGGAGGUGAUAGAGCUAGAGACGAAGGAGCCCGAGGUGGAGGAGGAGGGACUGGAGAAGAGGGACCAGGGCGAUGAAGAGGUGAAGGAUGCAAAGGAGAGAGUGGAGGAGGCGGAGGAAGCGAUGGAAGACGAGAGGGACGACGCAGAAGAGAUGACGGGGACGUUUCCUGAAGAGAAAGGUGCCGUGUCGCUGCCGGAGGAAGAGGAGGGUGUUGCGGUUGGAGACGUCAUGGCGUGCACAAACGAUGAUGAAACACAACUGGGGGGUCAUCCGGGGUUUGCUGUAGUGCGUGAAAGUCAAACAGCGUCCACUGAAAGCUUCGGAGACGAAAGGGAAGAUAGCGUAGAUAUUGACCACACAGAACAGAUAUCAGAGCAAGAGGAAAAGGGUGAAGCAAACCGACCUGAUGCAGAUCUAACUGAACAAGCUCUGCAGCGGGAAGGUGUCGAAACAUCCCAUUUAGACAUGAAGCAAGGGGGGGGGAAUCAAGGUGAACAGGCUAAGCCUUUCUCGCUGUUUCUUCCUGAAUCGCACUGCGAGGCUCCAUCGCUGGAGGGUGGAGCCAGCACUCCCAGUAAGACCAGCACCAUCCACAUAAAUCUGCUCUCUCCGAGCUCAGAGAAAGCCACGCCUUUCUUCCCCCAGUCCCCAACUGCCGCACACCGCCGCGAAGGUGAGACACCCUGUCAUGCUGUAGCAGCCACACAGCGACGUAUAGCAGCCACAGAAGAAGAAAGAGAAGAAGAAGAACCAGCUGACAAUGUGGAAACCGUAGAAGUGGAAAAACAUUGGGCCCUGGAUGGAGAAGCUACACCUCCCGCCUCUGGUGAGGAAGACGUUAAACCCCCACCCAGAGGUUCGGAGCAGAGCAGAACCCGCUUCACCAUCGCCCCCGCCUGGCAGAGAUCCCUCUCUGUCGGGGAUGUAGAAGAGAGUUUGAUUCCUCCCUCCUCCCCGUCCGCCUGCGUCUCCCAUACGCCGUCCGCCGUCGCUGUGCCCGGAGGGGUGGAGGCGGAAGCUACGAAGGGCCCUGAAGGGAAAGCGGAGCCAUCGAGUCGAGCUAAGGUUGAACUGGUGUUGAGUUCUGGCAGAGUGAGGACCACAGGGACCGGCACUGCAUCAUCGUCUCCAUCAUCCAUUCAAACUCAGACCUCAGCUGCUGCAAAAACAGACGAGAGCUCUGUCGUCGUGGAGGGAAACCCCGACAAUCCAUUUGGAGUUCGGCUGAGGAAGACGUCCGCUCUGCACCGCUUCAGCUCGGAGGAAGAAAGCCCAGAGCCUCCCAUUGAGCCUCCAGCUCAGCCAACCAGCUGUAGAGUGGACUCCCCGCAGCCAAUCAGUGUGAUGCCCUCCAUAAGUCAGCCAGUCAGCAACAAGCCUGCCCUCCCUAAGAAACCGGAUGGACACGGAGACAGUGUAGGAAAAAACAAACGCAUUUCAGACCCAGCUGCAGGUCGUGGCUUUUCUACUGGAUCGGAUUCUCCGAGCUGGAUCUCUGUGGCUAAGCAGAAACAGAAGAUCUAUAAAGAGAACUCACUAGAGGAAAUAACUAUCAGGAAGGAGGAACCAGAGAGGAAGAGGUCACUGCCGAUGUCUGUCAGCUCAGCUGGAAGCAGGGAGCCCAGCAACGGAACAGCUGAGUUCACCGGAAAAGUGAGUCCGUUGGAGAUCAAAAAGCCUUCAGCGUCCGUAGAAAAGGAGGCCAGGAGGGCUCUCUCUCCUCCAACUCCGGUGCCACCUCAGCCUCCUAAAUCCCAGUCGCUCCCCUGCCCUGUCCCCCCCAAACCCCAGCUUCCCCCCGCCCAAGCUAACUCACCACAGAGAUCCGUGUCACCCCCUGCUCCCAUUCCUGUUCCCCAAAAAUCUCCCUCUAGCACAAGCCCGCCACCUCCUCCUAAAACUGCCACCUCGUCCAAGACACCCCCGCCCCAGAGCGUGACACUUACCUCCCCUCCGUUUUCAUCGAGAACCGCAGCGGAAAAGUCUGGUUCAAGAGCGCCGGGCCUUUCCAGCCAGACCCCGGCCUCGCAGCGAGGCCAACCUCCCCCGGCUUCGCCCCAGGAUGAGCCUCCCUGGAUGGCCCUGGCCAAGAAGAAGGCCAAAGCCUGGAGCGAGAUGCCCCAGAUCGUCCAGUGACGGGCCCAGGGUUCAGUAAGAUCUUGUUGAUGGGGUUGAAGUGGGCAGAGAGUUUGGAAUGGACCCGAAUGCAUUUGCACACAAAGAGCUGUUGUUGUUUUCUCACUUCCUGGUUUUGUAUCCUGGCUUAAGUCUUCAGAUUGGUACAAGCCAUCCAAUCACGGCUGAAGACUGGCUCAGUUUGACUCCUUCUUUCUUAACGUCCUUAUGUUGUACAGUCAUGUUUCUAAGAGACAGGGUAAGACCCCAAACGCUAAUGCCUCUUACUUGACGUGGAUUCAUAUUUUUUCAGUAUAUUAAAAUGUGCCUGAAUGAGACAAAAUAUCUGCAGUCUAGCAGCAGAAAGUAUAAAUCUUUAUCUAAAGUGUCAGAUGAUUCCACCGAUAUCACUAAAUAUUUCAGGGAAGACAAAGUAAUUUUUAUAAAGACCAAAUUUUAUCCACAGAAAGUUGGUUAAAAGUGACAAAGAGACAUUUGUGUGUGUGUGUGUGUGUGUGUGUGUGUGUGUGCUGUGGUGGUUGUGUGGUGUGUGUGUGUGUGUGUGUGUGUGUGUGUGUGUGUGUGUUUAAGCCAGUGAUACCAUGCUCACAUUUUGAGGAAUGUGGAAAAUGUUGUGACCAGAGAGUACAAUGGGCUAACAUCCAAGUUCAGUGGAAUUUGCUGAACUCACUGCUGCCGGUCAUGAGUUUUAGCAAAAAAUCGCUGACUCAUGUUUCCUCAAUCUGCUCUCUGUGUAUCAGGCUCUCCAUAAAUACAUUUCUUGUAACACGAUCCACUGACGCCAAGCUGUUUGUUGUGUUAGCGCGUGCUGGGUGUGUCUAUUAUGUUCCAGGUUGUCAGUGAAAAUAAUAUUUUUAAUUUUCUCUUUUGAGAUUUUCAAUACAUAAUUACACCGUGUCAUCAUCCUAUCAUCUCCAAAAAUGAAUCUGUUCAAGAAUCAAAGCCACCCAUCAUCACAUUGACUUUUGUGUGUUUUUAAUAUUUUUCAGUGAAUCGUUACGUCGGCAACAUUUUCCACUUAUAACCACUUAUAACCGACCAUGUAAAUAAAACAGAAAUCAAGACACUGCUAAUAAAUCACCCGGAGUAUGAGUUUGCUGCAGGAUGCAAAGCAUCAUUGGAGGAAAGCAAGUUUCCCCGCUGAAAGUUGACUUUGUAUCAAUUACGGUAUGGUUUAUGCAUUUUUGCUUCAGUUUUUUUAUUGCCUUUUUGAGAAUUUGUCUUGUACAUAAAAUGUGCAGUAAAGAACAAAUGAAAGUUU